GUAAAGGACAGACGUAUCCAAAUCCUCGCAUGGACUUGUUACGUUUCAAAGUAACACGCUUUCUCUGAAUGGACUUUUUAUUACGUGUGAAAUUGUCUUUAUUACAACCACAAGACACCUAGAAACAGGUCUUUCUGCCCCAGUGAUUGUGUGUGAGAAGAGGCGGGCGUUAUUGUGGAAUUAUUCUAUUGUUUUCUGCUGAAGUCUUUUACGUGGAUCAUUGUUAAUGGGAAUUCUAAUGAGCACGAGCCUUAUAUAAAGUCAACCUUGACCAUCUACUGCGCUAUGGAUGGAGAAUAAGAGUUUCGCGUCGUGCGCAUUUGGAGUUGUAGCCGGACUUUAUUUGGAGAUCCUGCACUUGUACACUUGCAGGGAAGGUUGCAGAUGCACCGAGGAGCCCUAUAUCCAUCGUUUGGAGUAUUGCUGAUGCGCCAAACAUCUCAAGUGUGGGCUGUUCUGUAUCUAUUUUGAGUUUGGGCUCGAAUUGUUGGCCGCGCGCGUACUUUUUUACGGUUUCCGCUUUUAUCGGUUUUUAGAUUUGACGCUGUAAUAUUAUGACUGACUUUCACUUAUGGUCUCUUUGCUGUCCAAAUGGACCUAGCGCGGGUCUGCGUUCCUCAAAGCGGCUCUUAAUGUGGCUGUGAAGCAUGAGGGAUAUUCCAAACUCUUAAAAUGGCUCAAACAAACGCGCAACAUGGUGACAUCUUCUGGCCUGAGCCCAUCUGAUCUCGUUUUCGGCUGAUCUGUCAGGUUUAGUGUGACCAUGGUCUCCUCCGGCUGCGCUCUGAUGGUUCUGAUGGUCACUCAGGUGUUCUUUGGAGACUCCAGGGGACUCGUUCCUCGGGUCGGUCGCUCCUCGCUUUCACCGGACGUCUUGCAUGCGUUUGAACUUCAGCUUCUGAACAUGUUUGGACUCAAACACAGACCCGUUCCCAGCAGGUCUGCGGUGGUUCCGCAAUACAUGCAGGACUUGUACUCGAUGCACUCGGCGAACUCGGAGCAGAGCACCGGCAGUCGAGCCAAAGUGUCCGCGGGGAAAACGGCCGAAAGGUCCGCCAGUCGCGCGAACACCAUCAGGAGUUUCCACCACGAUGAGUCCGCGGAAGAACUGUCCCGUUCCAACGGAAAAACAACUCAACGCUUUCUCUUCAACGUGAGCUCGGUCCCCAGCGAGGAGUUCGUCACAUCGGCCGAGCUGCGGAUAUUUCGAGAGCAGGUGAUAACGUCUCCAGCCAACGGUGGCACGGGACACCACCGAAUCAACAUUCUUGAAAUCAUCGAACCUUCCGGGACCUUAAAAGAGCCCAUCACCAGACUCCUGGACACCAGGCUGGUUCAGGACAGCUUGAGUAAGUGGGAGAGUUUCGACGUGAGUCCCGCCGUCCUGAGGUGGACCGCAGACGGACAGCCUAACCGCGGCCUGGCGGUGGAAGUGGUUCACCCAGACGGCGUGCAGGAGGACUCCAAACGGCACGUCCGCGUCAGCCGGUCCCUGCACGACAGGGAGGACACGUGGCCCCAAAUAAGGCCGCUGAUGGUGACCUACAGCCACGACGGGAAGGGCAAUGUGCUUCACUCCAGAGAGAAACGGCUGGUACGGACGAACAAACAGAGGAAAAAACACAAAGCUAACUGCAGGAGACACUCGCUCUACGUGGACUUCAGCGACGUGGGCUGGAACGACUGGAUAGUCGCCCCACCGGGUUACCACGCGUUUUACUGUCAGGGGGAGUGCCCGUUCCCUCUGGCGGACCACCUGAACUCCACCAACCACGCCAUCGUACAGACGCUGGUGAACUCAGUGAACAACAACAUUCCCCGGGCAUGCUGCGUGCCCACGGACCUGAGCCCCGUUUCGCUCCUCUACCUGGACGAGUACGAGCGAGUGAUCUUAAAAAACUACCAGGACAUGGUGGUGGAGGGCUGCGGCUGUCGCUGACUUUACAGACGCUUUUGGUUGCCCAGUACUCGACUUUAUUUAUAAUAAAGUAAAACGCAUAUUUUGGAGAAGCAUAUACAGAUAUAUUUAUGUUCACUAUUGGGAAAAAUAAAUAUUUUAAUCAGAGUCGAA